AUGGCCCAAAAAAUUAUCACUGUCUUCGGAGCCACAGGCAACCAAGGUGGCAGCACAGCCUCCGCCAUCUUCAACAACCCUAGCUUGUCUUCCAAGUAUAAGGUCCGUGCUAUCACUCGCGACACGUCCAAGCCAGCAGCGCAAGCUCUCGCCUCGAAGGGCGCCGAACUAGCCAAAGCCGAUAUCAACGAUAUCGAAAGCGUGAAAGCUGCCGUCGCGGGUUCAUACGGCGUCUUUGCUGUCACAAACUAUUGGGAGACCAUGUCCAAAGAUACCGAGAUCCAGCAAGGCAAGAACAUUGUCGAUGCAUGCAAGGCCGCGGGUGUCAAACACUUGGUGUGGUCGACGUUGCCACAUGUGGGCAAACUGACCCAAGGCGAACUUACCAAGGUCGAGCAUUUCGAAUCCAAAGCUGAAGUGGCAGAGUAUGCCGAGCAGACCAAAGGCGACAUGCUCGUUUCGUACUACAUGCCGGGAUACUUCAUGUCCAAUCUCAGAACCCAAAUCAAGCCAGACGAGGAGAGCGGCGUGCUCACGCUUAGCCUCCCGUGGAAUCCUCAGAGUACCUGGGUGCCUUUGGUAGAUAUUCAGAACGACACCGGAUUGUUUACGGUAGGCCUCCUCGAAGCUGGACCGGCCGCCAAUGGGGCCUACGUUCAUGGUGUGGGGGAAUGGAUGCACCCUCAGGAUAUUGUCGACACGCUCUCGAAGCUCAAGGGCAAAGAUAUCAAAUUUGUGGAACAGCCUGCCACUGUCGAGUCUAUUGCCAAAAUCGGGAACAAGGUUGGAGAGGAACUAGCAGAAAAUAUGAUACUGAUCCGAGACUGGAGCUACUACGGCAAAGGUACGGAAAAGACCCAGGCUGAAAGCGACAAGUUCUUGGUGCCGGGCUCGAAGAAGACUUCUUGGAAGGAAUUUGCGGAGCAGGCGAAGUGGCCUUUCUAG